AUGGAGCAAGGGAAUGCGAUGGAGGCGCCUAAACCACCCAGUCACAUCGCCACCAAAGGCCUCUUCAAUACAGCUAUGGGGCCCCUCCAGCGCCAACUACGCUCUGGGGAGUACAACCUGUUCAAGUGUGCCACCAUGUUUGAAAGCGACUUUGUCCAGGUCAGCAAGCGAGGUGGCACCCUGGACGUCCACAAUCAAGUCCAGAUGGUGCGGGUUGCCAUUGCGGCCACCAGCCCAGGCCUUCAGGUCCCCAACGUGCUGUUGCUGGCCCGGCCAAUAUUCCCUCCCCGACAGCAGCCUCAAAGCCUCCAUGCCGCCCGGUUACACCGCUCUUCGAUGAAUACGAAGUUUGAGCUGACCAGGCUCCUUCCCUUGUGCUUUGUCAAGAUCUCCAUCCAUGACUUUGAUAAGCAACAGCUCCGAUUCAAAAUGUCCACCGGCCGCACUUUCUACCUCCAGCUCUGCCCACUACCAGAUACACAGGAAAGUGAGUUUGAGUCAUGGGUCAAGGUUGUCCACCUGCUGCGACCCCCCUCGGACACACUUUGCUCUUCUCCAGCACUUCUGACACCAGUGUUGCACACAUCCUAA